UGUUGUGAGGCGACAACCUGAGUUUGAGUACAUUUACCGGCUUAUACUUAGAUCUAUAGAAUCUAGAUCUAGAUCUAGCCUCAUAUCUAGAGUCUGGACUGGAGAAUUCACUUUUCCUUAUUCGACCUGUCCAUUCAUUGUCCCAGAAAUGUGCAGUGACAUAAAUUUUAAAAGUGUUACAUGUACAGCACCAGUGAACAUAGCUGUUGUUAAAUAUUGGGGUAAACGAAAUGAGAAAUUAAUUCUCCCUACAAAUCCAUCGUUGAGUGUUACACUUGGACAGAAUGAGCUUCGUGCCAAAACUUCAGUUGCUAUCAGUCCUGAUUUCAGAGAGGAUCGAAUGUGGCUAAAUGGAAAGGAAGAGUCUGUAAACAGUCCAAGAAUACAAAAUGUUUUAAGAGAGAUUCGUCGCAGGGCCAGAAAGCGUGUUUCAGAUAGUGAUAAGGACGAUGAAAUCCUCCAACAUGUCCACAUUGUGUCAGAAAAUAAUUUUCCCACGGCUGCAGGCUUGGCAUCUUCAGCUGCAGGAUAUGCAUGUCUAGUAUUCUCUCUGGCAAAAUUGUUUGGAGUUCAAGGUGAAAUAUCUGACAUAGCAAGGUUGGGGUCAGGCAGUGCUUGUCGCAGUAUGUAUGGAGGAUUUGUAUCUUGGUGUAUGGGAGAACUGGAUGAUGGCAGUGAUUCUUAUGCUGUACAGAUAGCUACAGAAACACACUGGCCUGAGAUGAAAGCUCUUAUUCUUGUGGUGAGUGACCAAAAAAAAGAUGUGGGGAGUACUGAAGGUAUGCAGACCACAGUACUGACCAGCGAGCUCAUGCAGCAUCGGAUUGAAUGUGUUGACAGGAGGAUGGAGGACAUGAUUGAUGCUAUUAGAAUGAAAGAUUUCCCAUCAUUUGCUAAACUCACCAUGCAGGAUAGCAACCAACUUCAUGCUGUCUGUUUGGACACCUACCCACCCGUGUUUUACAUGACCGAUGUGUCUCGGAUGAUCAUUAGAUUGGUGCACGCCAUCAAUGACAUGUUUGGAGAAACUCUAGUGGCUUACACAUUUGAUGCUGGGCCCAAUGCCUGCCUGUACCUACUGGAUGAAAGUGUCCCUCGUAUCAUGAGCAUCAUCAAACAUUUCUUCCCCCCUGCUGCCACUGACUGCAGUUCUUUUAUUACUGGCAUCCCUAUCCCAGAUGAGCCUGCCUCUACUGCUGAUAUUGAACAAAUCUGUUUGCCUGUAAGUCCAGGAGCAAUCAAAUAUGUCAUACAUACUAAGGUUGGACCAGGGCCCCAAGUGCUGGAUCCAUCAGAAAGUUUAUUUACAGCUGAUGGCAAACCUAAAUUGUAGUUGAGUUGUAAUUUUCUUUAUUGAAAGAAUCAAAUAUUUUUGUCAUCAAUGUAAGUUAUUUAGAACAAAGGUUUUUCUUUUUUGUUAAUUUAAAAAAAAAGGUUUUUUAAGAGUUUUAAAAUGUAUAGUGUGACAUUUUGUAGUACAAUAUUUUUUUAUUUUUGACACAGUGCAAUAAGAUGUGGAAGAUAAUUUUAUAUUUUGUUGUCACUCAAUCUGUUAUGAUGUUUUUGUUAUUUUACUGCUACACUGAUGAGUCAUUUUGUCUUUGUUAAAUUCAAUCUUCCAUCUGUGAAUGAAAGCCUAGUUAAAUGUUGCUUAACCAUGGUGUUUUGGUUGGAAUAUUAGUUUCAAGAUGAUCAGUAAAGAUGUGAUCUAUCUUGUUGAUAAUCUGACAUUGUUUUAAUCAAUUACUUUGUUUCUUGCAUAGACAAACUACAUCAGUUGCUAACACAUAUUUUUCAGUGUGUAACAUUCUAGAUUUAUAAAUAAAGACUAGGUUGUUCAAUUAUCUUACAUUUUAUCAUGGAUUUGGCAUUACAAUGGAAAUUUAUUGUGCUAUUAUAAAAUAUGUAAAACAUAUAGUAUUCUUAAAGGCAGCUUUUUCAUUAUCUAUAGAUUAGUCUAGCCAAUUACUGUUUUAUUUUUAGUCAACAUUAAAAUGUUUACAGAUCUACACUUGGUGUGAACAUUUAUAAAUUUGUUUAAAGUUCAGAAAUAUUUUUAAUGAAAGAUAAUUUAUUAAUAAUGCCUACAAAGGACAACAUAGAGUUUUAUCUCCAUUAUAUUUCUUGUCUUGAAAUAUGUAAACAUUUGUAAACAUUUGGUUAUUAAAGUUCAGAUGCAUUAGUCACAUUUUUAAUGUAAGAAUAGUUAUCAUUUAUUUACUAACCAGAUUCUCAUUCUAACUUAAGAAUUAAUUUUCCACAUUUUUAGGAGUGGAAUAAAAAAAGCACUGCCACACCAUUCAAAUUGUUUGUGUACUUUUGUAUGGUCACAUUUUUAUCUUUACACUGGUCUGUUUUGGUUAUUGAUCAAACUAUAUAUCAAUUAAACAUUUAUC